GUCUUACCUCGGCUCUCCCCGCCCGGAACCAGUGAUGCCAGGAAGAGGGCGUGGUCACAGACUCUACCAGACGCAAUCUUUAAAAUGUGAAAUGGGCAGAGGUUCCUAUAAGGUGUGAGGAUGUCAUUGUCUAUUCCUCCAUGCAGGAGUGGAAGUAUAUAGAGGAAUACAUACACGGACGUGAUGAUGGAGAAUCGCUGGCCCCUCACAUCACUGGAACUACAUAAAGAUCCAUCUUCUCAUAUUAAGGAAGAAAUGAUCCUACGUGAAGAAGGAACUCACCGAAUCACUGACUCUUAUGCACCUACUGGUCAUACCCAGUAUACAUCUACUUAUAUGAAGGAGGAAUCAGCCUCAUGUGACGGAGGAGACCUCAAACACACUGACAUGUAUACACCCACAGGUCAUACACAGUAUACAGCUACUCAUAUUAAGGAAGAACCAUACUCAUGUGACAGAGAAGACCUCACACACACUGAUAAUUAUACUCCCACAGAUCAUACACAGUAUAUAUCGACUCAUAUUAAGGAGGAACCAGCCUCAUGUGAUGGAGGAGACCUCACAGACACUGACAUGUAUACACCCACAGGUCAUACACAGUAUACAGCUACUCAUAUUAAGGAGGAACCAUACUCAUGUGAUGGAGGAGACCUCAUAGACACUGACAAUUAUACUCCCACAGAUCAUACCCAGUGUACAGCUACUUAUAUUAAGGAGGAACCAUACUUAUGCGAUAGAGGAGACCUCACACACACUGACAUAUAUAUACCCACAGGUCAUACACAGUAUAUAUUUACUCAUAUGAAGGAGGAACCUGUCUCAUGCGAUGGUGGAGACCUCACAGACACUGACAUGUAUACACCCACAGAUCAAGCACAGUAUACAGCUACUCAUAUGAAGGAGGACCCAGUGUCAUGUGAAGGAGGAGACCUCACACACACUAACAAUUAUAGCCCCACAUAUCAUACACAGUAUACAUCUCAUACUAAGGAGGAACCAGUAUCAUAUGAUGGAGGAAACCUGAAACACACUGACAAUUAUACCCCCACAUAUCCUACACAGUAUACAUCUAGUUAUAUUGAGGAGGAAUCAGGACCUUCUACCAAUGGCGAGACAUGUGUUAAUAUACAGAUCAGCUCUGUUAAACACCAAAGAAAAGAACAAAACGAUCAUAUUGAAGAUAAAUCUUGUUCCUGCAUUGAGUGUGAAAACUAUUUUGGGUGUAAUUCGGAGCAUCCACAAUGUCCCGCAGGAGAGAAGCCAUUUUCCUGCUCUGAGUGCGGAAAACAUUAUGUUAGUAAAAAGAAUCUUGUUCGACAUCAAAAGACCCACUUGGGAGACAAACCGUAUACAUGCCCCACAUGUGGCAAAAGUUUUACUGUGAAAUCCAGCAUUAACAGGCAUCAGAUGAUUCACGAACGAGAGCGGCCAUUUUUAUGCUCGGAGUGUGGGAAACGCUUUAAGCUUAAUGCCGAGCUUGCCGCGCACCAGAAAAGUCACACGAGGGAGAGGAAGUAUUCCUGCUCUGACUGUGGGAAAUGUUUUAAAAGUCGUUCAGAACUUGUCAGCCACGUUGUUAACGGUUUGGACUUUACUUAAAUCGUUUAUACACCUGCAAAAUUUCUUCAACCCCACUGUUUUGUACAGUAGAACAUUUCUGAGGGUAUGUCAGAUAAGGUAACAAGACCUCUCACAAGGGUAAUGUUCUCUAUUUCAUUCUCAUUUCCCACCAGACCAGAGCAGGUAGACCACUUCCCCUCACGGCCAUUAGACUGUGCCUCAUAUCAGUCAUACUGUCCCAACGUCAGUUGUAAGAUGGCGGGGUUGGCGGAAGCAUGGUCAAACACUGAGGUGCGUAGUGUGAUCAGAUUUCUACAUGUAAAGGACACAUCAAUAGCCAACUUGUCGAGGUGUACGGUGAUGUCAAAGUCAAAUUGCAUAUUUCGAUAUUUAGAAUACGCUGUGGCAUUUAUUAAUGGAUGCAUCUACGAUGCAUGCGUCGAUCUGGUAGGGCGCGAGUGACCAUAACGGCAAGUUACUGUGCACUUUACGGUAGAAGAUGCAUUUGUUAAUAAAUAUCAUACUGUGACAAAAUAGCAAAUAUUUCUAACACACACUCAAAUGUGGUACUUCCAGGAAUACAUAUCAAAUAGUGUCUUAAACAUAACAGAUUGCUUAAACAGCCAUUGUGAACAUACAAUGUAGUGUUCUUUACUCAUAGGCUUUUCUUUGUUGGGAAGGUAAAUACCUUAUGUGUGUCUAACUGUAAGGACGGACAAUUGAGAGUUGUGUGUUGAGUCAAUAGAUCCUGGACUGUCAUUGUUAAACUAUAGGUCAGAACAAAUAAGAACACAAUAUAACAUACAAAACCCUAAGGAUAGGCAAAUGCCUGAUCGUGUACUCAAACAACACAAGCCAGAACCUGGUUUGCUUAAACCUUUAAAUGAUUUAAGCAAGACCACCACAAGUUGACAUUCAAUAUCGUACAGACCAGACAUUGAUGUAUGAUAUAUCAAAUGUAUAAUAUUUAUAUUCUACACAUAGUUUUAAACACAUCUAACACAUGGUUUAUAUAUAUUUCAUAACGUAAUUGUAAUAGCAGGACACAUAUAUAUAUGUCUCAUGAAGAUGGGAUUGCAUAAAGACAUUGUGUGUGGGGUCAAAUUGUUCAGGGUUACAUAAACAGUAAUCCGGUGGUUGUGAGGAUAUUGUUGCAUACUGCGGCAACAAGUUAUUAGCAAAACCAGAUUACUGUAUGAUAAUGUGGUGGGUUUGACUGGUCCUGGAGCGGGACAUCAGAGGUAAACAAUGGUAAUCACAUUUCAGGAUUUAGGCAUCGCUCACCGGUUGUACUGGAGAUGUCCCACCCCCGGACCAAUGGGAGAAGAGCUUACAUUCCCUAUUGUACUACCUUUUGAACUAUUGUAUAAAAGAGCACACUCCUAGCCCAGGUUGAAAAACUCACCUAUCUCAGAACUAUCACACAUACACUUUCAUACACACACACAUACACUCUCAUUCACACAACCACACACACACUCUCUGCUCUGAUGACUGGCUGCCUGCACCAGGGAAACUUGCGUAUGUAUUAUUGGCUGUAACUUACUCUGACAGUCUGUAUAAUACUUGCUGUUUACCUAUAUUUCUGUACUUGUAUUAUUUUACCUUUUUCUGCUAGUAUUAAAUCUGUAUGUGCGUUGGACCACAUUACAAAUGUAUAUGGGUCCAUAGUUGGAUUCUUUAAGGUAUUUGUGUGUGCAUAACCGCACGUAAGGAAUGCUUCGCAUUUCUAUGCUAACUGCGUCCGCAACAAUAUACUUUGCUUUGUUAUUAAUAUUCAGAACUUAACAGUGAUAAAGUCAUGUCACGGAAACAGGUUUGGGUUUGGUGCACUGCCUUGGACAACAGUAGGACAGACGUUCAAGAUGAGCAGCGAUCCGGCCUCCAUUGGGAGGUACUGGACCAUCCUCCCUACAGCCUGAAUCUGGACACCCGAGUGAUUUCCAUCUCUUUGGACCAUUGAAGAAGUACUUGGGUGGAAAGCGAUUUGAAGUUGAGCAAGCCGUCACGUCCUAGCUUCAGGCUCUUGACACUGAUUUCUUCCAUGUUGGGAUAGAUGCCUUGGUGUAGCAUUGAACAAUUGCUUAGACAAGUAUGGGGAUUAUGUUGACAAAUAAUCUGUACCAAUUCCAUACUCUUGAUUAUACGUAUAUGUACGAGUUGAAUACAUUUACACGAUGAGA